AUGUUUCCGUUCAAUUCCGCGCUAAAUCCGGCCUCCGUGGCGAAGCGCCAACGGCCAGAACUGCCGUCGCCACGCCAUGAGGAGCGUGCCUGCAUGGAGGUCCCUGAAGAUGAUGAAAUGGCCGACGCGACGGAAGAUUUGGAUUUCCGCUUCCACGACAUCGACACCGAACCCGGCACGCGGGCGAGAAAAGCUCCCGUGCCAAGAGAGAUGGCCGGCAACGAAGAUGAUUUUGAGUAUGAUGCCCGCGCACCGGUGUUGAAGGCUGGUUCCCUUACGUUCGAGAACGACUAG